AUGUCUUAUCAAGAAAUUUCAAUUUCUUCAAAUUCAAGUAUUGGCCAUGAGUGCCCGUUUUGGGAUUUCGACGAUAUAACAAAAUGUGCAAGAUCCAAAUUAGAUCUUUACCCUCCAGUUAUAUUUGGUGGUGUUUCCUUAUUUAUUUUAGUGACAAAGUCGCUUGUUUUGUUUGUGAAACAGAAACGUGCUAAUGGAGGAGAAAUACAAUUGGACACUGAUGUGGAAUCUCGUCCCCUAUUGGCCUCUAAUGGGGAAUCUCCUUUGCCAUUGGCCUCCAAUAGCGACAAUCGGUAUGGGGCGACUUCCAACAUGUCUAAAGAAGAUUUAAAAGCGUUGCAUUUUGAUCUCUCAAGAUUGCCCAAUACCAAUAUCGACGGAACACCGCACGGGUACGUCAAACAUGUUUAUAAGGAUAUUGGGGAAAGAGUUAGAGUAUCUGCUGAGUACAUCUUGGUGCUACUAUCCUUGUUUUUGCAUUUUGCACCCUUUGUAGUGAGAGCAUUGCAAAUGGAAUUCAAAAACACCUAUAUCCCACUAGUGCAAACUUGUUUUUGGAUUUAUGUCUUUUUCAUUGUUUCCAUUAGAGUAGCAAACUUGAGAAAAGUCUUAAUUCGUUUGCCUAACCUUUGGGUUCACACUACAGCUUUAUACUUUUGCAAUUUCUUUCCUUCAUUGCUCACGUUUCGGUCAGCUUUAAUCACUUCUCAAAUGGACUGGUCAUUACGUGUAUAUUAUAUUUCCGAAUUCAUCAUCAAUUCGGCUUUGUUGACUUUGAACUUUACAGCAAAAAUUGGCGAUAAGCCAUCUGAGCUAUAUGUGACUCCAGGUGUAACACCAUCUCCUGAAAACGUGUCUAGUAUCGCAUCAUUUAUUUCGUAUAGCUGGCUAGACCCAAUGGUAUGGAGAGCUUACAAACUGCCACUACAAAAAAAUGAUAUUUGGGGGUUAAGAGAAGAUGACUAUGCUUUAUACGUCUUGAAAGGGUUUGAAGCUUCAAAAUCAACUUUGAGAUUUACCUUCAAGAUUUUCAUGCAUUUCAAAUUCCUUUUCGCAAUCCAAGCAUUUUGGGCUAUUGUUGAUUCAGUGCUUGUUUUCGGCCCAUCUGUUUUGUUGAAAAAGGUUUUGGAAUAUGUAGCUGAUCCAUCUUUGACAUCUACCAAUUUGGCUUGGACGUUUGUGUUUAUGAUGCCAAUCACAAAAAUGGCUGAUACCAUUGCUUCUGGGUGUUCGUUGUUUUUGGGAAGAAGAGUCUGCUGUAGAAUGAAGGCCGUUAUUAUAGGAGAGGUUUAUGCCAAAGCGUUGAGGAGGAAAAUCACUGUUACCGAAACGGGCGCAACCAAAGAGAAGAAGAAGGACACAUUGCCCAAUGGUAAUGACAAAAAGACCAGCAAACAACAACAACAACAACAAUAUAAUGAAGAAGAGGAAAAUACCGAUGUGGAAGACAAGAAAGAAGAAAAAGAAAUAAAGAAAACCGCAGAAUUGGGUGCAAUUAUCAAUUUGAUGGCCAUUGAUGCGUUCAAGGUUUCUGAAAUUUGUGGUUAUUUGCACUAUUUUGUUGGAGCAAUAUUGAUGAUUCUUAUUUGUACUGUAUUAUUGUACAACUUGUUAGGAUGGAGCGCCCUUGUUGGUUCAUUGACCAUUGUUGUAUUAUUACCAAUCAACUAUAGUUUAGCACAAUGGAUGGGUCGUUUACAAAAGCAAAUGUUGGGUGUUACAGAUAAAAGAAUUCAAAAACUAAAUGAGACUUUUCAAAGUAUUAGAAUAAUCAAGUUUUUUGCUUGGGAAGAUAAGUUUUUUGAAAGUGCAAUGGAUAUAAGAGAGGAGGAGUUACGUUAUUUGAAAAAAAGGUGUGCUGUUUGGUGUGUUGCAGCUUUUGUUUGGUUUAUCACUCCAACUUUGAUUACCUUGCUUUCAUUUUACUGCUACACAAUUAUUGAGAAAAACACUUUAACUGCCCCAGUUGCAUUUACUGCAUUAUCUUUGUUCACAUUGUUGAGAUCCCCGUUGGACCAGUUGGCUGAUAUGACUUCGUUUGUUAUUCAGUCAAAAGUUUCUCUUGAUAGAGUUGCCGAUUUUUUAGACGAAGCUGAAACUUCGAAAUACGACCAGUUGGCCAUGGAGAAGGAUAUUAAUUCUCCAGAGAUUGGAUUUCAAAAUGCCAACUUGUCAUGGAAUUCGGCAUCUAAAGCUGAUUUCAAAUUAAGGGAUAUAAACAUUGCUUUUAAAACAGGAAAAUUAAACGUUAUCAUUGGUCCCACUGGUUCUGGUAAGACUUCCUUACUUUUAGGUUUAUUGGGAGAGAUGGACUUGAUUAGUGGUAAAGUAUUUUUGCCUGGUAUUAUCCCUAGAGAAGAGUUGGUUUUGGAUGAGUUUGGAUUGACCGAAUCAGUGGCUUAUUGCUCCCAAUCGGCUUGGUUAUUAAAUGACACGAUUCGAGGAAACAUUAUAUUUGGAGCUCAUUUUAAUCAAGAACGUUACGACAAAGUUAUUGAAGCUUGUGGAUUGGUUCGUGAUUUGCAGAUAUUAGGUGCUGGUGACCAAACGGAAAUUGGAGAAAAGGGUAUUGCUUUAUCAGGAGGUCAAAAGCAACGUGUGUCUCUAGCAAGGGCAUUAUACUCAAACUCCAAACAUUUGUUGCUUGAUGAUUGUUUGUCAGCGGUGGAUUCUCAUACUGCAUUAUGGAUAUAUGAAAACUGCAUCACUGGUCCCUUAAUGGAAAAUAGAACGUGUAUUUUGGUGAGCCACAAUGUUGCAUUAACAGCACAAAAUGCAGAAUGGAUUGUAGUUAUGGAAAACGGAAGAGUUAAAAAUCAAGGUACAACAGAAGAGUUAUUGACAUUGGGGGAUUUGGGAGAUGAUGAAUUGAUCAAGACUUCAGUUUUGAAUUCAAGAACUUCAUCGAGUGCAAAUUUGCAAUCUUUGAAUGACAAGAAUAACGAGAUGAAGACAAGAGCAGCUAUUAUUGAACAAAAGUUGAAGAAUUUGAAACAAAAUGACGACAACGAUGAGGAAGGGGAAGGAGGGGAGAAUGAUAAUGAUGAGUCACACGCCAAAAAAAGUGAUGGAAAACUAAUUGAAGAAGAAGGCAAAGCCGAAGGAGUUGUUGGAUUAAAGGUUUACAUUGCUUAUGCCAAAGUCUUUGGCGGCUGGCCUGUUUGGACAACCAUUUUACUUGCAUUUGUUUUGUCACAAAGUGUUUACAUGUUGCAAUCAUUUUGGUUGAGAAUCUGGUCAUUAAACAGCGAAAAAGCGACUCAAGCUAUCAAUUCUUUAUUGACUUCAACACCAUCAGUACUACUAAGCCAAUCCAAUAACAAUGUGAUUGAAAGUUUGCAAUUUGGUGUGCGCUACGUGGUUAAUGGGAUCAAAUUUAUUAGCUCUGGUAUUGAUCAGGUUAGUGCGUUUAAGGAGGAGCAUUCAACAUUAUACUACAUCACAGUCUAUGCUAUAAUUGGAUUUGCUUAUUCAUUCACUGCAAGUUUUAGAGUAUUUGUUACCUUCUUUUCGGGUAUUGAAGCAUCGAAUCGUAUUUUCAAAAGUGUACUUACCACUAUUCUUAGGGCGAAAUUGAGGUUUUUUGACAAGACACCAAUUGGACGUAUUAUGAAUAGAUUUUCUAAAGAUAUUGAAUCUGUUGAUCAAGAGGUUACACCAUUUGCAGAAGGAGUUUUUAUUUGUUUUGUUCAGUGUUUUUCUACAUUGAUUUUAAUCUCCUUUAUUACCCCUGGGUUCCUUAUAUUUGCAUUGAUCAUAUCCCUUUUGUACUACCUUGUGGGAUAUUUCUAUUUGACCUUAUCAAGAGAAUUGAAAAGAUACGAGUCCAUUACCAAAUCACCAAUCCAUCAACAUUUUUCAGAAUCGUUGAACGGUGUGGCUACUAUCAGAGCAUAUGGUAUUGAAUCUAGAUUUAUGAAACAAAAUUUACAGGCUAUUGAUAACAACAAUCGACCAUUUUUUUACUUGUGGGUUGCUAAUCGAUGGCUUUCAUUCAGAAUUGAUGCAGUUGGAUCAUUAGUGAUGUUUUUUGCUGGUGUUUUUGUGUUGCUUUCAGUUGGUAAAAUUGACGCCGGUUUAGCUGGUUUAUCAUUAUCAUACGCUAUAGCCUUUAGUGAAAGUGCAUUAUGGAUUGUUCGUCUUUAUGCCAAUGUUGAAAUGAACAUGAAUUCAGUUGAAAGAUUGCAGGAAUAUCUUGAAGUUGAGCAAGAACCACCUUAUGAGAUUAAAGAAACCGAGCCACCAAAGAACUGGCCAGAUCAGGGUCAUAUUUCAGUUAAAGAUGUCAGUUUAAGGUAUUCACCUGAGUUGCCUAGGGUAAUUAAGAAUGUAUCAUUUGAUAUUCAGCCACAUAACAAGGUUGGUAUUGUUGGUCGUACUGGUGCUGGUAAAUCAACAAUCAUUACAGCAUUUUUCCGAUUCUUGGACCCCGAAAAUGGUACAAUUAAGAUUGAUGGGGUAGAUAUUACCACUAUUGGAUUACGCAACUUGCGUCAAGCAAUCACUAUAAUUCCACAAGAUCCUACAUUAUUUGUAGGUACUAUUAGAUCCAAUUUGGACCCAUUUGAUGAGUACACAGAUGGCCAAAUCUUUGAAGCUCUAAAGAGAGUUAAUUUGAUUAGCGAUGAAACGAGCUCACUAGAGACCAGCACAGUCACAGCCGCCACCACCAUUGAUGUUGAUGCUGUUGCUGUAAUGGACGAGAAUCAGAACAAAUUCCAUAACUUGGAAAAUGCCAUUACAGAAGGUGGCGGUAACUUGUCACAAGGUGAACGACAACUUGUGUGUUUGGCAAGAUCAUUGUUGAAGAACCCUAAAAUCAUUCUCUUGGAUGAAGCAACAUCAUCGAUUGAUUACAAAUCGGACUCGAUGAUUCAACAAACUAUUAGAGAACAAUUUGGUGAAAGCACUAUAUUGACUAUAGCUCAUAGAUUAAGAACGAUUAUUGAUUACGAUAAGAUUUUGGUAAUGGAUGCUGGACAGGUUGUCGAAUACGAUAAUCCAUAUGUGUUGAUAAUUAAUAAGGAAAGUUUGUUUUACAAUGAAGCUGCCCACUAUCGAGCAGAACGCCGCUAUCGAGCAGAGCGAGAUAGUGGAGCAACACUUGAUAGCUUGUUACAACACUAUCGACACUAUCGAGCAGAGCGAGAUAGUGGAGCAACACUUGAUAGCUUGUUACAACACUAUAGAGCAGAGCGAGAUAGUGGAGCAACACUUGAUAGCUUGUUACAACACUAUAGAGCAGAGCGAGAUAGUGGAACAGCAUAG